AUGAUCAAAGAAGCCUUGAUAUAUGCAUAUAGCUCUGUGGCCAAUCACCAGGAGCACGUCUGUGCGGUGUUGCUAGUGUGGUUGGUGUUGCAUACCUUCGUUUUGCACCCAUUCUUGAUAUCUCCGUUGAGACACGUUCCAGGGCCUUAUUGGAACAGGGUGCUGAAGAUUCCAUUUAUGAAGGCGUCUUGGGGUGCCAGUCUCGUGACUAAGACACACCGGUGGCACGCUGAGUACGGUGAUGUGGUCAUUUUGGCUCCCAAUAUGGUCUCCUGUAAUGGAGACCCAAAGUACUUGACGGACAUUUACACGAAAAACAUGCCCAAGCUGCGUUUCUACGAGAACUUUCUGAACCACGGGAACCGCAAAAACGUGUUCAGCACCUUGACAAACCCGGAACAUCUCCGGCUCAAGAAGAUCAUCCAGAACUUGUACCUGAAAGGAGCCGUACUCAAGAACGUGAACCGCCAGAACUUGAUAGAGAAGGUGACGUUUUUGAUGGAGGACUUGCAGCGGAACAGGGGCAGCCUGGUGGACGUUUUCACGCUUUUUGCUGCUUUGGCAAUGGAUGCCGUGAGUGGGUUUGAGGUCGGGUUGCAGAACAGCACUGAUCUUCUUCAAAAACCUGAAAAACGGCCUAUCGUGGCUUCUUUUCGGAACAUCUCCUCCAUGGGGUUUUGGACUACGAGAAUGCCGUGGUUCUGGGGGUUUGCAGCUACGAAACAGAUUCUCCAGGAUGUGGAAGUUUGUGACAAGUUUGAGAUGGACUUGUACAACCAGGCUGAGGCCAAUGUCCCGAUAAAACAGCCAGGCGUGAAUUUGACGACACUAGAGGCGUUGAAGAAAAGUGGCAUUCGUGGAAAAGAUGCUUAUUCUUUGCUUACAGAUAACCUUUUUGCAGGUCAUGAGACCACAGCAGUGCUGAUGACAUACCUCUGUUUCCAGCUUUCCAGGGACAUCAACAAAAACAGACAAGAGCGGCUCAGAAACGAAAUAAGGGGUAAUUUCGGCACGGGAGCGUUCCCACAAAUCGUGGACGACAUAGAGGCAGUGGAAAGACUUCCCUACCUUGAUGCCGUGCUAAAAGAAACCAUGAGAGCGCAUUCCGCUAUUCCAGGUUCAGAACCUAGGGUCACAGAAAGACCCUAUGAAGUCUCCAUCAACGGCAAAUGUGUGAGAAUUCCGCUGGGUACGGAAAUCUCCUGUCAGCCUUAUUCGAUGCACAGAGUAGAGCUGAUUUUCCCACAGCCGGACGAGUGGAUUCCCGAACGGUGGCUUCAAGGAGAACACGAAAAAUACGAAGAUUACAGUGCCAGAAUCCAAACCAUGAACAAAUACGUUUUCGCUUUUGGAAAGGGAAUCCGUAUGUGUCUUGGCAUGAACUUGGCCGUCACCGAAAUGAAGCUAGCCUGUGCCAAUAUGUACUGGCGUUUCCACUCUAGCAUUGAUCGUGAAUGGUGCUCUGGAACAGGCCGAGGGCUUCUGGGCAUUCCCACGUCCACCAUCGACUGGUGCGAGGAAAACUACGUAGUGCUGCCUUUUAUUGCCGAGGCCUUGAACACCAUCACCAACUCGGUCUUCAUUGCUUUGGCGGCUUUUGCCAUCUUCCACGCCCAUACAAACCACUUGGAGCUCCGUUUCCAAUUGCUGGCGUUGGGCUUCAUGCUCGUGGGCGUCGGGUCCUGGUGCUUUCACAUGACCCUUCGGUACGAGUACCAGUUAUUGGAUGAGCUCCCUAUGAUAUACGCCACGUGUAUCCCCUUCUGGAGUGUGUUUUCGGAGUUCAAGGACCGCAAGGGCCAGAUUUUGGUGGGUGUGGGCAUCUUCACCGCCGCCAAUUUGCUCACGUUGAUCUACUUGCACUUCAAGAACCCCACAAUCCACCAGACAGCCUACGGCUUGUUGAAUGCUGGCAUCAUCUUCAAGUCCUUCUCCUUGGCCAAGGUGCACGUGCACGACGCCAAAGCCUCCGCCCAGCUCAACAGAACCAUGUUCUGGGGCAUAGCGCAUUUCCUCUUUGGCUACUUUUUGUGGAAUUGCGAUAUCCAUCUUUGUUCCCACGUUAGAGCUACCAGAAGAGAGUGGGGCAUGCCCUACGGCUUUGUGCUUGAAGGUCACGGCUGGUGGCACAUUUUCACCGGUGUCGGUGUGUACUUCUAUCUUGUGUACGAGGAGUAUCUCCGGUGCUUCUUGACAAAGACUGAGCGUUUCUACGAGUUCCGGUGGAUUGCAGGCUUGCCUGUGGUGCAGCUAAUUGAUGCUGACGGCUUGGUCGCCUUCAAGAAGGCAGAGCAGGAAAAGAAGGCUAUAUAG